GCAGCCCUGACAGCAGGCCGGCCCAGAUAUAGGAGCAGUGGGGAGGGGGAUUUAUCUUCUCUAUUCCAUAGUUUACAUCAGCCCCGCCACGUCCAAUGCCUCUGCAAUCACUAAGCAUUUAGACUUUGCUUGUCCUCCUGUGAAGAAGUAAUCAAAUCAGAGAAGACAAAUCAGAGAAGAUCUAUGUGAGAUAUUGGUGGUGGUCUCAGCUUGAAAGCCCUGCUCGCAAUGGUGAAUGUAUCACUCAGAAAUAUCCAGGCCAUCAACAUGUUUUUCUCCUCCUGGGCCUUAGUCUUCAUGGCAAUAGGAAUCCUCAUGGAAGAAUGGGUUGAACUGACAUUGGAAACAAAGAAAAAUACAGUAAGCCACAGUCCCUGGAUCUGUUGCACCAUUCUUUGGCCAGAAGAUGGCCUGCAACUGGUCAGGAUCAUGAUGAUUUCGGUUCUCAGCCUAUCCUUCUUCCAUAAUUUGUUCCUGGGUUUGGAAUUCACAUAUCUGAUUCCUCAAACUAAACAUGUCCUAUUUGUCACUGUCAUCCUCAGUGUCUUCACAGGUAUCCUUCUGCUCUGUGCACUCCUCCUGUAUCAUCAAAAGCUAAGGCAAGGUCAAUCCGUCUUCUACUCUAGUUACAAGAUCACCUGGGUCAUUUUCACUGCCUACUUAACCGUUUGCCUCUUUAUGGUCUCUGGAAUCCUCUCUUUCCUAGAGUGUAAGCAGUCCAACAAGGUUUUUCCCUGCCUGACCCUCAUCCAAAUACCUGAGAAAGAAAGUCAGGACAUAGAGGAAUCUGACAGUUCUAUCAAAGUUGUUCCCUCACCAGCAAUACCUCGUAGUAUUGUUCAUACAAAGGACGAUUCUCCAAACAGACCACAACUCCAAACACGUCGUGUAACCUGGGCUCUAUGAUUUGGCAUUCGAUCUUUCAGUAUAUACUUAAUGGAAACAUGGAAACAGCCUUGUGUGCUAUGUCCUGUGUGUCUC